AUGCUCUUCCUAGGCUCCUCCACGGAGCUGAAAUUACGAAACGGUAUGUUCAAAGAUGCCUUUGGUGAUGUUCUCUGGGAAUUUGAGCUUCUAGAGCUCUCCAUCCUCACGUUUGAGCCACGCAAAUUGGCCACUAUAUGCUCUGUUUUGGAGAAGAAGCUCCUCAAGGUGUUGGUGCCGCUGCAGGGCCAGACCAAGCAGCUCGUUGCCCUCAAGUGUCUCACGGUGCUUCUCUACUUGUGCCAAUGGGGGUCUGGCAGCUUUAUGAACUGGCUUCGGAGCCGGUACACGGCAAUUGUGGUGCCUUUGGGCGCCAUGGGAUACUCCAAAACGUAUGCUCUGGCUGUGUACGCCAAGGUGGAUGCUGUGGUGAGGUUCUGUGAAGACGAUGAGGCAUUGAGGGUUUCACGGGACUCUUUGGACCAGUUGCGGUUGGAGAUGAGAGGCCAGGCGAUUCCCACGCUACACUGA